AUGCCUGGGGGUUGCCUCACCCGGGUCUCAAGGUCACCAAGCCUACGUAUACUGGUGAGAUCAAAGAUAUCGACACUGACUUCUUGCAUUUGUUGGACUGUUUCUGUGAAGACUUCUUCGGCAGCGGCAAGUUCCCCGAUCCCUCGGCGCCGUUGGGGUGUGAGAUCACCACACAAGGCUUCCAGCAGAUCGUCCGGCGCCCCGGCGUUCAAAGAGAACGCCAACGACAUGGCCAUCGGGCUUCGGGAGGCAUUUGUCAAGGUUGAGACGGUUUCGGUGAAGGAAGACUUGCAGAAGCGCUUCAGGGACCAUUUGCGGCGCCUGGCGCCCGACACCGCCGUGCUGGAUCCGCAGCAAUUGCGCAGCGCGUUGGAUAGCUUGGUCACCAAGAUCAAGGAGGAAUUCGAGCUGAAGCUCAAACCCUGGAGAAUGCCUGGGGAAGAGGAAGCUGAGGUGGUAAAAGAUUUUCACCAGCAACUGCUGCAGGCGGUGCAGCAGAGAGUCGUUGUUAAUGACCAGCAGGUGGAGGGAGGCAUGCUGAAACUCAUGGCAGCUCCCGUGGUCGGCACCGGCGGCUACUUUUUGCUGGCUCACCAUAUCCUCCUCUAUUUGGUGAUGGGCGGUGUGGUCUAUGUCGAUGCCAACAAGCACGCGCAAAGAGAAGGGGUUGACACAGUGUCAGACUGCAUUGAGGUGCUCAACGGCGUUUGGGAGGACACCCAGAAGUGGGGCAUUCAGCGAUGGAGGGCCCGGAAUUCCGAGGGCAUCCCGAGCGCCGUCAGUGGGUGGGGAGUUGGCUGA